CCCGGUUUGAAGCCCGUAGACAAAAUGCCCAAGGGUGAAAAGCUCUCCGAAGUCAGAAUUAGGGUUUUUUCGCUAUCUCCAGUUCUCCAUCGUUGCUUCCACACUCCCUUUACAGAAUUUAAAUAAAAUAAAAAAAGAAAAAGAAAAAAGAAAUAAAGGAAUGAAAAAACAGAAAUAGCCGUUUGAGUUUCCGGCAACGGUUUCAUCGCCGUCAAACCCCAGUCACCGGUUUGCCCUUUAAUUUUCUUACAUGGAGUUGGACGAAACUCCGCAGAUGCUUCCACCUCCACCUGGCAGCUUCAUCGACCGCGAAGAACUCGUUCAACAUGUUGGUGAAUUUGCUGUCUCUCAGGGAUAUGUUGUCACCAUUAAACAGUCGAAGAAGGAAAGACUUGUAGUCCUAGGUUGUGAUAGAGGAGGUGUUUAUCGGGACAGGCGUAAGGCUAUUGAUGAGUCAUCUGGUGAACAUAUGCGCAAAAGGAAAUCUGGUUCUCGACUUACAAACUGUCCGUUUGAGCUAGUCGGUAAGAAAGAGGACGGUUUGUGGGUACUUACUGUUAAGAAUGGCUCACACAAUCACGAGCCAAUGAAGGACAUGUCUGAACAUCCUUCUGCACGUCGCUUCAACGAGAAAGAAGUGAUGCUGAUUAAAGAAAUGACAGAAGCGGGUUUAAAACCUCGCCAGAUACUUAAAAGACUCCGACAAACAAAUCCUGAACUUUUAUCUACACCAAAACAUGUUUAUAAUGUGAAAACCAAGCUCCGUCAAGGGAAUCUUACAGUGAGGAGAUUGAAAACUUUGAGACUUCCUUCAACUAAUGAUGGGAACUCAGAGCCGUUAACAUCUUCCGAGCCAUCAUGGAAGAAACGGUAUCCCCCGAGGGUCCCAAAUCUUAUUGGUGGUAGAUUUGUCGAUUCGCAUUCGUCGACAUAUAUCGACGUGUUAAACCCUGCUACACAACAAGUGGUUGCACAAGUUCCUUUAUCCACGGGUGAGGAACUUAAGGCUGCAGUAUUUGCCGCAAAAAGAGCAUUUGUGUCAUGGAGAAGUACUCCAAUUACAACUCGUCAACGCAUAAUGUUCAAGCUUCAAGAGCUUAUUCGGAGAGAUAUUGAUAAGCUUGCGAACGACAUAACAACAGAGCAGGGUAAGACAUUAAAGGAUGCAUUCAAUGAUGUCUCGCGUGGGAUUGAGCUUGUUGAACAUGCUUGUGGAAUGGCAAAUUUGCACAUGGGUGACUACAUUCCGAAUAUAUCAAAUGGACUUGAUACUCAUAGCAUCCGUGAGCCCCUUGGUGUUUGUGCUGGGAUAUGCUCUUUCAAUUUUCCAGCCAUGAUUCCAUUAAUGAUGUUUCCAAUUGCUGUUACAUGUGGGAAUACCUUUAUAUUAAAACCAUCCGAGAGAGCACCAGGGGCUUGCGUACAUCUCGCUGAAUUAGCAAUGGAGGCUGGUUUGCCCAAUGGUGUCCUAAAUAUCAUUCACGGCUCCAAUGACAUUAUUGACGCCAUCUGUGAUGAUGAAGACAUCAAAGCUGUGUCCUAUGUUGGCUCAGAUGCACCCGGGAUGUAUGUUCAUGCAAGGGCAUCUGUCAACAGUAAACGUGUUCAGACAAAUGUUGGUGCCAAAAGUCAUGCAGUUGUUAUGCCAGAUGUAAAUAUCGAUGCUACUAUAAAUGCUUUGGUUUCUGCUGGUCUUGGCUCUGCAGUACAGAGGUGUACAGCAAUCAGCACUGUUAUUUUUGUCGGAGGCUCAAAGUCUUGGGAAGAUAAGCUAGUGGAGCGCGCCAUGGCACUCAAAGUAGAUGCUGGAACUGAACCAGGUGUCGACCUCGGUCCAGUGAUAAGUAAGCAGGUUAAGGAACGGAUAUCGAGGGUGGUCCAAACAUUUGUUGAUAAUGGUGCUAGGUUACUUCUUGAUGGGAGAAGGAUUUUGGUUCCGAAGUAUGAGCUCGGAAACUUUGUUGGUCCCACGAUCUUAACUGAUGUCACUGAAGACAUGGACUGUUACAAGGAAGAAAUAUUGGGUCCAGUUCUUCUUUGCAUGCAGGCUGGAAGUUUAGACGAGGCAAUAAGCAUUGUUAACAGAAACAAACAUGGAAAUGGAGCUUCCAUUUUUACGUCUUCUUGUGCUACUGGAAGAAAAUUUCAGUUCGAGAUCGAGUCUGGACAGGUUGGUUUAAACGUGGCUAUUACUGCACCGUUGCCUUUGUUUUCAUUCACCGGCUCCAAAGCUGGAUUUACCGGAGAUAUCAAUUUUUACGCUAAAGCUGGACGUGAGUUUUACACCCAGAUCAAAACCGUAACCACGCAGUGGAAGGAUCUUACAACUAACGGAAUAUCCUCUUCGGUAAACACAGAAUAUACACCAUCUACUAACAGUGAGGAACUCCAUGCACUGCAAUCGAUGGACUUCCAAAGUAACGAUGUUUCACUGGGAUUGCAUUUAAGGGAUUUCUCUAACGGCGAAGAAGGGGUCUCACUUCCACUGCAUCACCAUAUUAACAGUCAACAAGGGGUGACAGUAUCACUUCCAUUGCACGCACGGGAUUUCACGAGUAGCGACGGUGAAUCUCUUGUAAAUCAAUCACAGGAUCUUCCGAGCAGUGACGGAAUUACAGCUUUGGAUGGCUCACAGUGGACUCUGUUCUAGAAUUUUUCUUUUAUUUAUUUUUCUUCUUUUUUCUGUGAAUUUGUGUUUAUUACGGGUAACGUAUUAGAGUUAAUUCGUCUGGUGCUCGAAGUAAAGAGUUGAAAGAAAUGAAAGGAGAAAUAAUCAACGUAGAGUUUAGACUUACAGAAUAUAUGUAUAUGAUGUUGUGUGUAUUGAAUUAGUUGUAAUUCAUAAAAUUUCCUUUGCUUGUU